UUUCUAAAUUUUCUCAGAGAGAUAUGAAUAAGAGAAGAAGCAGAAGCUAAAACAAGAUCUCUCCCCCUGUCUCUCUCUCUCUCCAGAAAAUGGCGACUUCGAAGUUCUUGUUGUUAACGAUUCUGUUCACAUUAGUUUUCGUAAUCAGGGCAGAUUCUGGAGUUAAUACUUAUGAUCAUGAAGUAGUUGUUGAUGAUUCUUCUUCAUUGAGAAUCGAACUAGACCAACUUAAGUCUAAGAUCUCUCUUCUAGAAUCGAGUAUUGAAGAUAAGACCAAGGAAUUGAAAGGUAAAGAUGAUAGUAUAUUACGUUUGGAAGCUGUUAUUCAACAGAAAUCAGAUAGUAUCAAAUCAUUACAGACUGAUGUUAAAUCACUUCAGAAAAAGGGUAAUGUGGAGACUGCAGAGCAGGUAGGGAAGGCGCAUGCUCGUGCAGGCGAACUUGAGAAGCAGGUUGAGAAAUUAAAUAAGGAAAUUGAAUCUCAAGGUGCAAAGAAAAGUGCAUUGGAAACACGUGCAAUUGAAGCUGAGAACAAAUUGAAGGACUUCAAUUUGAAGCUAGAGAAUCUUGGAAAGGUUAAUGAAGAUCAGAAAAGCAGAAUUCGCAAAACUGAACGUGCACUUCUAGUUGCAGAGGAGGAGUUGAUGAGGGCAAAGUAUGAAGCCUCUUCAAAGAUGAAAGAGUUGAUGGAUGUUCAUGCUGCUUGGUUUCCACCAUGGCUUGCAACUCAUUUGGUUCAUACUCAGUCCUACAUUGUAACAAACUGGAACAAACAUGGGAAACCUGCAUUGGAUGUGGCAAUUGAAAAGGCCUUGGAGAAAAAAACCCAGGCUCAGAAGUGGGCCGAACCUCAUGUGGAGUCAGUCAAAACUAAAUUGGUCCCUGCUCUAAAAGAACAGUGGGUGACAGUUACCACCCACGCUGAACCACAUGUGCAAACUUUAACUACCAAGACGGUCGAGGUUUAUGAGUCAUCUAAGAAAACCAUAGCACCACAUGUUGAAAAGGCACAGAAAAUUGUAGAUCCUUACCUUCAGGAAGUUAAGAAGAUCAGCAAGCCGUACAUUGAUCAGGUUGCCACUGCAGCCAAACCACAUGUCGAUAAAGCACGGAUUGCAUUGAAGCCCUACACAGCACAAGCCGUUGUUGCUUACACGGAGUUCCUUAAAUCUGCCACGACAUACCAUCAUCAGGUCCAAGCUACUGUCCAGGAAACACUAAAUAGGCACGAGAUAACUAAACCACUUGCAACAAAAGAGCUGGUGUGGUUUGUGGCUUCUGCUUUGUUGGCGCUGCCAGUAUAUGUCCUCCUUAGAUUCUGCUCAUGCAUCUUCUGCAAGAAGGGAAAGAAACCUGCUCGGAACACCCAUACAACUACACGUCGUAGGGCUAAACGUGCGCAUGCUGACAAAUAGAAUGCUAAAUAUAGUUAAUACUAUGUGUUUUGCAUAUUAAAUUCAAGAGGAGGGAUGUCAAUGCUCACAGGAAUUUCAAAAGCUGUCGGUGUACAUCGUGGGGAGCAUAUACAUUGUAUUUUUCACCGAAACGAAAAUCAGAUGUUUUGAGUUUUAUGCUCAAACCUACUUUUCAUGUGAACAAUAUGCUCCAGUUCUCACAGAAUUAACUUUAUACCCGAGCAGUGCAGUCUUAGAAAAAUUUAUAGGAUUAUUACUUGGUCAUGAAUUACUUCCUCGAUGUGUAUUGUUUACUUCUUUUUCUUCCCCGUUGUUUUGUUAAAAAAAAAAAACAUAGUUAACUGCUCUUCUCGAUGUUACUUGUUUGGUUUCAAUACUGGAUCCUUUUUUCCCCAGUUUCAUUAUAGUUUCCCAUUCA